GACAAAUCCCCCCGGCAGAGCCUGGUGGGAGAGGCCGUUUUGAAGGGCUCCACAGCGCAGGAAGGCAGCGGGGAGGGAAAGCCACGAAGGUACCCCAGGAGGAGGGUCUCCAAAGGCAGCCCAGGGUGCUCUGAGGAGGAAAGAGCCAGCCUGUGCCAAGAAGGCGGCCAGAGCUUGAGCCAGAGCUCCAACCCGAUGGUCCCUGAGCAGCCUCCCAGCAGGAAGAAGCCCUACAAGUGUUUGGAAUGUGGGAAGAGCUUUAGCAGGAGCGACCACCUGAUCCACCACCAGCGCACCCACACUGGGGAAAGGCCCUACAAGUGCUUGGAGUGUGGGAGCAGCUUCAGCUGGCGCUUCUGCCUGAUCCGCCACCAGAUCGUCCACACUGAGGAACGGCCCUACAAGUGCAUGGAAUGUGAGAGCAGCUUCAAGAACCGCUCCAACCUCAUCACCCACCAGCGCCUGCACUCCAGGAAACAGCCCUACAAGUGCUUGGAAUGUGGGAAGAGCUUCAGCCUGAGCUCCGACCUUAUCCGCCACCAGAAGAUCCACAGUGGGGAAUGGCCCUACAAAUGUCCUGAGUGUGGGAAGAGGUUUAAGACCAGCUCACAUCUCCUCCUACAUGAGCAGACACACACAGGGGAGAGGCCCUUCUGCUGCACUGACUGCGGGAAGAGCUUCACCCGCAGCUCCCACCUUGUCAUGCACCGGUGCAUCCACAGCGGGGAGAGGCCCUACAAGUGUGACGAGUGUGGGAAGAGCUUUACCCAGAGCUCUGCCUUGACCUCACACCAACGGACCCACCAGUAAGCGAAGCCCUGUGAGCACCUCAACUGCGGGAAGAGCUUCAUCUGCUGCUCCAACUCCAUCAGCCAUCAGGGGACCCACAUUUGAUGAUCCACAGUGUGCUGGUUUAAAGGUAAACCAGCAGGGGAAAAUGAACUCAACCCAAAAGAGAGAUUAUAAGU